CAUAUUAUCUUAGGGUAAAUUUUGAAAAAUGAAAAUGCGGUGAAAAUGAAAUGGAAAAGAAAUUAAGUGUGAGAUAUUUAAUUUUGGGCAAGUAUAUACAUUGCUAUGUCUCCCUUCCCCUCUCCUACCACAGUCAAAAUUUCAACAACAACCCGCUGACUAGCAACCCAAAGAUGGAAGCAGCAGCAGCAGCAACAAUCGUGUUGUAUCCAGCACCAGGCAUAGGCCACAUAGUUUGCAUGGUGGAGCUAGCAAAACACGUCGUCCACCACCACCACUAUUCCAUCACCAUCCUCCUCACCACUGGCCUCCUAGACAACCCUUCCACCGACGCCUACAUCCACCGCAUCUCCACCUCCCACCCUUCCAUCUCCUUCCUCCGCUUCCCCAAAACCCCCCUCACCACCGCAACCCAAAGCAGAGCCGCCACCGCCUUCCAGUUCAUCAAAACCAACACCUUCAACGUCCAAUCCACCCUCACCAAAAUCUCCCAAUCCUCCACCAUCAAAGCCCUCAUCAUCGACCUCUUCUGCACUUCCGCCAUGGAAGCCGCUUCCUCCAUUGGAAUCCCCGUCUACUACUUCUUCACCUCCGGCGCCGCCGAUUUAGCACUCUACUCCUACUUCCCACAAAUCCAUCGCCAAACCACGGCGUCGUUUAGGGACAUGGCCGGAGUGGAGCUUCGUGCCCCGGGGAACGCGCCGGUGAAGGCGCGUCAGAUGCCGGAACCGUUGCUGGAUAGGGAGGACCCUGCGUACUCGGAGAUGCUGUAUUUCUGUGAGCAUCUUCCGAAGGCGAAUGGAAUCAUCGUGAACACGUUUCCGGAGCUUGAACCUGCGGCGGUAACUGCCGUUGAGGAAGGUGUGUGCUUUCCUGAUCCUGAACAAGCUCCUCCAGUUUACUACAUUGGACCCUUGAUCGCGGAACCGCAACAAUCAGAAUCAGAUGAUGGAAGUAAGAGUAAAGAUUGCUUGUCAUGGCUGGAUAAACAACCGAGUAGAAGUGUCGUGUUCCUCUGUUUUGGAAGUCGUGGAAGCUUCUCUGUGGCACAGUUGAAAGAGAUAGCUGAAGGAUUGGAGAGGAGUGGACAGAGAUUCUUGUGGGUUGUGAAGAGGCCACCACACAACGAAGGAUCGAAGCAAAUUCACGAUACAACAGGGGAAUUCAACUUGAGUUCGGUGUUACCAAGUGGGUUUAUAGAGAGAACUAAAGAGAGAGGCUUAGUGCUGAUGUCAUGGGCUCCGCAAGUGGAGGUCUUGACUCAUGAAUCGGUUGGCGGGUUUGUGACUCACUGCGGGUGGAACUCGGGGUUGGAAGCGGUGGUUGCUGGGGUGCCAAUGAUUGCGUGGCCAUUGUAUGCAGAGCAACAUGUGAAUAGGAAUGUGAUGGUUGAAGAUAUGAAGGUGGCUGUUGGGGUGGAACAGAGGGAAGAAGAUGGGUUUGUUAGUGGGGAAGAAUUGGAGAUGAGGGUAAAGGAGUUGAUGGAGUCUGAGAGAGGGAGGGAGAUAAAGGAAAGGAGUUUGAAGAUCAGAGACAUGGCUUUAGCUGCACUUGGAGAAUUUGGAUCAUCCACAAAUGCACUUGCCAACUUGGUUCAAACAUGGAAUUAAGUCACUAAGUGACCCCAUUGUGACUAGUACCCUUACUGGAACAUAAACUAGAUGUUUGCUGCUUCCUUGCUAGUUAGAUUUAGGUCUUUCUUGGUGUGGCACUUGUGUAAGGUUAAAUUUGCAUUUAGUUAUAAAAAGAAGAGACGUGUGACUCCAAAUUGCCAUUACUUACCACUAGGAAACGUGAUAGUGCUGGUACAAUUUAAAAGGGCAUUAUUUAUAAGUACUGAAUUACUGAUCUCUAUUCCUUGCUUAUUUUUUCCGAUUA